AGAGAGAGAGAGAGAGAGAGAGAGAGAGAGAGAGAGAGAGAGCCACAGAGAGAGAGAGAGAGACAGACAGCCACACAGAGAGAGAAGGCAAGGCGAGUUGUGUCACUCUUGUAAGACCAUUAACCAAGCCUCAUCUCAGGAAAGGAAAAAAAUGGAAAUCAACAUGUCCGCAGAUGCUCCAGACGAAGCCGAGUAUAACAUUACAGAGUAUAAUUAUGAUUAUAAUGACUAUCUAUUUAACAGUGGAUCUGAGGCUGUACAUGGACACAUUGCAAUUCCCAUAAUCCUCAGCACUGUGAUCCUGAUCAGUCUCAAUGGGAACCACCUGGUGGUUGUGAUCAGUGCAAUUUACAUUCAUCUUAAAUCACUGACCAACUUCUUCAUACCUAAAAUGGCUCUGUCAGAUUUGGACUCUCUUGGACUGCCAUUCUGGGGAUUGACUUUUGGAGCUGCACCGUGUAAAGUUUUCAUCGUCCUUUUAAAUGCUGGAUUUUACAGCAGCAUCAUGUUCCUAGUGUUGAUGAGCGUUGAGCGCUACAUGGCCAUCGUGCAGCCUCUGUUAGGUUGGAUGAAAGGAUGUGGCUUCACACUCGUUCCCAUCAUUGCAUGCGUGUUGAGCUUCUUUGCAGCAUUGCCAGCUAUAGUGCACAGCACCAAGUCUGACACAGAAGGCUCUGCUUUUUAGUGUACAUACACCAGCUUGUUGCCAUUUCUUAUGAUGAGAACAUGGUAUUUGUGGAGACGACUUCAGAGAUACCAGCACCAGCAUUAACAAGAUUAACAAGCAGGCAUUUUUUCCACAUGUACACACAGCAAUAUUAAGAAAAAAAAAAAAACCAAAGCAAAUAUUGUGUGCUGUGGCUAAUACUUAAUGCUUAAUAAGCAGCUCUGUCAUCUUGGUUCAUUUUGGCUCACAACAACCAUGACUGUGAAUGUUGGCUGAAACCGAUACAUGUCUUUCACAGCACACAUACAGUCCCCUAUAAGAAAAGUUUCAGUAUAACCGAGAAAUAGUUUCAUUUCCUGAGGUAUAUCUGAGAGCUCCUGAGUCAUGCUAAAACUUAUUUCAAGCUUAAACAAAAACCUGAUGUGCUAGCAAACUAUAUACGACAAAAAAAAAAAAUUCUUAAACUUUACUUUAGACAGUUAAAAGCCAUGUUAAGCUUUACGAUUCAACCCCAGAGUGUAAAGGUUUUGCCUCUAAAUGGGGUUUUUAUAAAAAUAAACAAAACCACCAAGUGUUUGAUAAUUAAUCACUAGUAAAUGGUUAUUGUCUCCUGUAAUCUUACUUUUUUUGUUUUAAAUUUCUCUCGAUACUUUCAUAGCUUUAUUUUAAUAUACAAUUUUUACUAUUUUUGGUUAAACAAAAUGUAGAUAUUUUAUGUAACACUUCCUAAUGUGAUGUCAAAUGUAUCCAAUGCACGUACCUUCUUAUUAUGAAUGAUAUUAAAGCAUAUGCACGAGCAUUUCACCUGUUUUUACAUUCUUUUCUCUAUUGUAAGCUUUUAAAAAAUGCAUUUCUUAUUCCAUUGGCAGUCGAUUUUAUUUCUUUUCUUUUUUUUUUUUUUUUUUUACAAAUAAGCACUCAAAAUGAGAAGCUGUUCACAUGUAAACAAACAAAAACACGUUGUAAUGCUACUGUGCAUGUCUAGGCCGUUUUUAGAUAAGAUAAGAUAUACCUUUAUUUAUUUCUAAUUCUAUAUUCUAAAUUUCUAGUCUCCACCUGGUCCAGAUGCUACGUGUUCUACUUUAUCUAAAUUUUAUAGUGGACCUAAUAGGAACUGGAUCUAGAUUCACCAUGAAUAGAUAUAUCCAGCAGAUCCACACAUCAUUUUGUAUUUUCAGUGUUACUGGAAAUUAUACUGACACCAAAUGUGUUGUUUAAAGAUGUAGACCUACAAACAGGAAGUGUAAACAGGAAUCUGUGGUAUAGACAGGGGAACUCCAGCACUGUGCCCAUCGUACAGAUACUCAAUAUAACUAAUGUGACAGGAGCUUAAGUACAUUUAACUUCAGUCAGUAAACCAAGUCUUAAUUCGGGAAAGUAAAGUAAGUAAGAAUUCUUAUUUCAACUAGAAUUUCUUUUUUUCAUAUUAACUGGAUGUGAGAAAAUGUCACGGUUUUCACAAGAGAAACAGGAGGACGGCAAAGAUGUCUCUUUCCUAUGACAUUGCGUAUGAUGUGUUUGAUGACCUAAAUGCACCUAUAGUACAUGCACAUGAUUCUUCAUUGUUUGUUGAUAAACUGCUCAACAGAUCCAUGGCUAACGACAGGAACGUUGCAGUUCAGAUCAUCCUCAGCACCGUGAUCCUGGUCGGUCUCAUUGGAAACCUCCUGGUUGUUGUGAUCAGUGUGUUCUUUAUGAGGCUUCGAUCACUGACCGCUAUCUUUAUACUCAACUUGGCUCUGUCGGACCUGCUGUCUACCGUCGCACUGAUGUUCUGGUUCUACAACAAUGCCUGGGGUUACGGAGACUCCAUGUGCAAAGACGCCAGCUUCGCUCGCCCGGUCGGAUAUUACAGCAGCCUCCUGUUCCUGGUGCUGAUGAGCGUUCAGCGUUACAUGACCGUGGUGCAUCCUGUGUCAGUCUGGAAGAAAGGAGGUUGUGUCGCAUUCAUUACGUGGAUGGUGAGCUUCUAUGCAGCAUCACCUAACUUGGUGCUAGUAAUAGAACAACUUCACUCAAACGGCUGCAUGUACAUCUACACAGGUUUUUUGGUUCUUAUAAUAUUUGGACAGAAUAUUGUUUUUGUGUUUGCUUUUUUGUUCUUGGCUUUUUGCUAAAUCAAGAUUCUGCAAACCAUCCUCAAGUCACCGACAAACCAGAACCACAGACACAGAGCUACUGGACUUGCCUUCUUUCUGGUGGUUACGUUCUUUAUUUGUUGGGCUCCUUAUAACAUAGUGAGUUUCAUGCACACAGUUCGUUAUUUCAGUUCUUUUAACUUAGAACAUUUUCAUUAUGCCUUCGACAUCUGCCGUCUGUUGGCUUUCAGCCGCUGCUGCUUCAAUCCGGUGAUCUAUGGCUUAUUUGGUCUAAAAUUCCGUGAGACGGCAAGACAAAUUUUGCAAAAACAAGCUACUUUGAAUUCUGUAGAAACAGGAACGAAGACUAAAAUGACAGUUUCUGAUCAGUUGAAUAGUAGGAAGUAAAUCAUGAUUGUUUCUGACCUGCAACAUCUCACUCUGGAGACGACUUCAGAGAUACCAGGCUCUUCUACCAAGAUAAUUAAAGCAGGCAUUUCUCACAUGUA